AUUUCCAGUUCCAGCGGCUGCUCUGGGAAGUUCCCUCAAAGGUCACGGAAUGGAGCGAGAACGGCUGCGGGCACUGGUGAUACUGGGAGUGCUGUCCCUGGCCAGAGGAGACCCCCCCGGUGCCUCCAGUCCGUUCCAGUACGACUGGUGUCACCUGCGCGUCGGUGGCCUCGUGGUGGCCGCGGUGCUGAGCGUGCUGGGGAUCGCCGUGCUCUUCAGUGGGAAGUGCAAGUGCCGCAGCAAGGCCAGCCGCCGCCGCCCCCCCCCGGAGCUGCCACCCCCGUGUGGGACAGGAGCCUGAGAUGUCCCCAAGCGUCCCCAGAAUGGCCUCAAAAUGUCCCCAAAUAUCCCAAAAUGUCCCCAAAAUGGCCCCAAAUGUCCCCAAAUCGCCAAAAAAUGACCCCAAAAUGUCCCCAAAAUGCCCCCAAAUGUCCCCAAAUCCCUCACAAAUGUCCCCAAAUGGCUUCAAAAUGGCCACAAAUGUCCCCAAAUGUCCCCAAAAUUGUCCCAAAUGUCCCCAAAUCCCCCAAAAUGUCUCUAAAAUUUCCCUAAAUGGCCCCAAAAUUACCCCAAAAUGUCCCAAAAUGACCCCAAAUGGCCCCAAAAUGUCCCCAAGUGGCCCCAAAUGUCCCUAAAAUAUCCCCAAAUGUCCCAAAAUCCCCAAAAUGUCCCCAAAUGUCCCUAAAAUGUCCCCAAAUGUCCCCAGUUGUCCCCGAAUGUCCCCAACGAAGGCAAUGAAUAAAAAUGGCUGA